UGUUUCUUAAAAAAUACAAAAAAAAAACUACCUUCCUUAAGAAUAGAAACCCAUCGCAACUCAGUCGCAGCUUUAUCUUCUUAUUACUACCUUCUCAAUCCUCUCCUCUCCUCUCCUCUCCUCUCAAUGCUUUUUCCACCACUCUCUCUAUUUCUCUUUCUCUUGCUGUAGACUCUAUUUCACCACUAUAAUAAACACUUGUUGUUUGUAUUACCUUAUCCAAAUAGGCAGCUCGAUAGAAUAAUACAAUACAAUACAUACGUAUUCGCAGCUUUUAAUUAUUAUUUAUUACAGCAAUUGAUUGUAUUUUGUGUUUGUAAAAUUAUGUCUGGAAUGUUGUUGAGAUCAUCAUCGUGGAACAAGAAGGUGAAGCAAGUGAUGUUGAUAAGGUCGUCGGGGUCAGGGUCAGGGUCAGGGUCAGAGAGAUGGACUCAAGCAUCGGGAAUCUCGACCCUCCUUCAAGUCCCAAUUGGCCGGCGUGAGUCCUUCAUCGGAGUACAAGAGCGUUACAAGUGGGACCACGGUGGUUCUUCCUCUUCCUCCUCCUCCUCCUCCGACCAUAAAAUCCGCAGGAUUCGUGCUGAGGCCAAUUGCCCCCGUUGUUACAACCACAUGGAUCUUCUUUUCUCCUUUUCUUUCUCUAAUCGACACAAUUUGAUUUCCCCUCCUCCUCCUCCUCCGCCGCCGGAUAAUGAUCAUCAUGAAGAUCCCAAAUUCAAGACCGGAGCUGGAGCUGGAGCUGGAGCUGUGAAUCUUUGCCCUAAUUGCAAAACUGCAUACUACUUCCGCCCCUACGGGAUGUCUCCUCUUCAGGGCAGCUUCGUUGAGAUUGGGACUAGACCAUCCACCAGGAACAACAACAACAAUAAUGCUAAAGGCGGUGCUGGUGGAGAUGACGACUUUAUUAAUAAUAAUAAUAGGAAUUCUAAUAAUAACAAUAACAAUAGGGUUGUUAGAGAUAGAUCCUCCUUUUGGGACACUUUAAGAUCCUACUCCUAUGCUACUUCCGGUGGCAAUGGAGACCCUCCCCCUAAUGGCUUGGCUGUCCAUACUCCUCCCGGACCCCCUUUUGCCCCCGGGGUUAAUGUAAUUCGGGCAGCUGGCCCUGGUCCUAAAACUGGUGGUCCCGGCGGUGCAGAUAAUGGAGGAGGAGGUGGAGGAGAAGGAGGAGAGAGCAGUGGAUGGGGAGGGUCCAAUUUAGGCAAGGAUUUGCCCACGCCCAAGCAGAUCUGUCAGGGCCUCGACAAGUUUGUUAUUGGUCAACACAGAGCCAAAAAGGUUCUUGCUGUUGCUGUAUAUAAUCACUAUAAAAGAAUAUAUCAUGCAUCCCUUCAAAAAGGGUCAGGAGCAGAAUCAGGAAUUCCAGACAAAAUAGAUGAUGACGAUAAUGUGGAACUAGAAAAGAGCAAUGUGCUUUUGAUGGGCCCAACUGGUUCAGGGAAGACAUUGCUUGCAAAGACAUUAGCUCGAUUUGUGAAUGUGCCCUUUGUCAUUGCUGAUGCAACAACAUUAACACAGGCAGGUUAUGUGGGAGAAGAUGUUGAAUCAAUCUUGUAUAAGUUGCUUGCGGCAGCUGAGUUCAAUGUACAAGCAGCUCAACAAGGAAUGGUCUAUAUUGAUGAAGUUGACAAGAUAACUAAGAAGGCUGAGAGCUUAAACAUUAGCAGAGAUGUUUCUGGUGAGGGUGUCCAACAGGCACUAUUGAAAAUGCUGGAAGGAACUAUAGUUAAUGUUCCUGAGAAGGGAGCAAGGAAGCAUCCAAGGGGUGAUAACAUACAGAUAGAUACAAAAGAUAUCCUUUUUAUAUGUGGUGGAGCUUUUGUUGAUCUUGAAAAAACCAUUUCAGAGAGGCGUCAAGAUUCUUCAAUCGGUUUUGGAGCACCUGUUCGUGCAAAUAUGAGAACUGGUGUAGUUACUGAUGCUGUUGUGACAUCAUCCUUACUCGAGUCGGUUGAAAGUGCUGAUCUUAUUGCAUAUGGUCUCAUACCAGAAUUUAUUGGCCGUUUUCCAAUUUUAGUUAGUUUGUCAGCUUUAACUGAGGACCAACUUGUUCAGGUUCUCACGGAACCAAAAAAUGCUCUUGGUAAGCAGUACAAGAAAUUGUUCAGCAUGAACAAUGUGAAGCUACAUUAUACAGAGAAGGCACUGAGACUGAUUGCUAAAAAAGCAAUGGCUAAGAAUACUGGUGCCAGGGGCUUAAGGUCCUUACUGGAAAGCAUUCUAACCGAAGCCAUGUAUGAGAUUCCAGAUGUUAAGAUAGGAAAUGAUAGAAUAGAUGCUGUUGUGGUUGAUGAGGAGUCAGUGGGCACAGCAAAUGCGCCUGGAUGCGGAGGGAAAAUUCUUCGUGGAGAAGGUGCAUUGGAGGGUUACCUAGCUGAAACCAAGUUGAAAAAUUCAGCGGAUAAUGUUGAACUGGCUGAGGGAGAGUUGCAGGAGGGUGAAUCAGAGCUUUCAUCAAGAGCCAUGAGCAUGUAACAUUAUUAUAACCAUAAUUGUUGUUAGGAUGUGCAAAUUUCAUUUUGUUAUUUUUUAAAUUGUAAAUCACAUUCAUAGUUUGGUGUAAUUACCCCCUUGUAAAACAGCACAGCUUCUGGUUCAUUUGCAUUGAAUUAUAGGGAAAAAAGAUAAAAGAAAAUUUAGCUUUGCUGAUGUACACAGCAGACUGUAUAAAAUUGUUGCAUUUGAGGAAGGGGUUUGGUUUGAGCAGAUUAUUUUUCUGCAUCAUCUUUUCAGGUUCUAUUUUUUUGAUGUCUUU